AUGCCGGCGUCACCUUCCGUGUCGAGGUCGUCGAGGAGUGGGUCGCCCGCCGCGUCUGUGACCGCCUCUGCUUCUGCAGGCGCAGCUGGGCAACCGUAUCAUGCGAACCACCGCGACCGCAAGCUUCCCAUCCGGAGGUCGGCCAAGGCGUGUGUUGCCUGUCGAAGAGCCAAAGGUGAGCCUCUCAAUACUUCUGUGCUGGGCAUUGUGCAUGUGCCGUGUGCAUGUGUGCAGCACCGUAGCGCACUCACCGGUCCGGCAUGUUUCGCCAACUUGCGGAGGCGCUGACGGUUGACAUAUGCAUUUCUCCGCGUGGUGGUGGCCUCCCUUCUGUCCCUGUGUGUGUGCGCGGUGGUGCAGCCCGUUGCGAUGGACCCGAACUGUGGCCUUGUCGACGAUGUAGGGAGUCAUGCCACGAGUGUAUCUUCGAUGGAGUGCCCCAGGAAGAACUCGGGACGCGACUCGUCACCGCUGCGACAUCGUCGGACCAAGAGUGAGUCCCACGAGGAGCAAAGUGCUAGCGUCGACCACGUGACUUGACCUUCGCGGGCUUCCGUCGCGUGCUACGUUCCUCUCCUCGCCCAAUUCGCAGUCUCGGUGCGACGCCGAUCUGGUCGACCGAACGACGACUACUGCAGGUCGAACAGGAACUGGCUGUGCUGCAACGAACGAUACAGGAACAUGCCGCCUUGCUGGCCAAGGCGACUUCCACCUCGGCACCGGACCACUCGAACGGACAGGCGCACCAACGACUGUCCCAUGCCGGACCUUCUCGAGGUACUGAGCGCGAUCAUAAGGGUAAAGAGAGGGAGCACAUCAAUCCAAUUCACCAUCACCAGCAUCAUCAAGCCGAUGCCAACCGCGUCUCGUUCGAACCUGGGUUCCCAUCGUUCCCCUCGGCCUCGAAUGCCCUUCCAGCUUCGAUCAUCUCGGCCGGUGCAGGGGGCUCGGGUCACGUCGCCGCCGAGUUAUCAAUAUAUGACCCCAUGCUCGAUCGACUCUCCCGUUCUGCGUUCGAUACCUUCUGGACGCACAUGGCUCCAUGGGCACCUUACAUCGACCCGACGAUCGACACCUACGACGCUGUUCGAGCCCGUUCGCCUCUGUUGCUCUACUGUAUUCUGUCUAUUGCGACGAGAUUCCAUUCGAAUGCGGCUUGGUCCCAUCAAUGUGAACAGCAGGCACUCAAGUACAUGCGCGCGACGGUUUAUUCGGACAUCCCGCCGACUUUGGAUGAUCUCAAGGGGACGCUGUUGUACAAGUCAGUGCGCGUAUACGAGAGAGAGAGCUUGACGCGCACGCCCAAACUGAUCUUGCCCCUGUGUACAUUUUGGAAGUGCGUGGCUAUCCAGAGGAGCCCCGCCGGGUCAUUCGUGCACACUCGCGUCGCAAUUGGAUCUGCCUCGCUCGCUCGAACGACUGCUCUCGAUGAUGGACAAGCCCGAUUCGAACAGGGCGUUCGAGCAACUGAUGCCGACGGUCCGAACAUGGCUGAGCCUGUACGCUCAAGACCUAUGGCUCAGCAUUGCCACAGGUCGACGAGGCCUGGUCACAAUCGAUUUUUCCAUCACCUCUGCUCGCUCUCUGCUCAAGUUCGAGGCCUUGCGACCCGUCGACGCACGUAUCAUCGCCCAAUCCGAACUAGUCACCAUCCUCGGAGGUGUCCAAGAAAACUUUGUCAAGACGCAACAAACCUCGAUCGCGGAAACGGUCAACAUCAUCCAACGUGCGGACAAGCAUUUCGAUGCGUGGAUGGAGACGUGGUCCGCUUGGGCCGAGUUGCAGGAACAGAGUACUUGGAAGUACAUGAUUGCGUCGUUCAAGAUGCAGUGCGAGGUGGGAAGGUUUUAUAUCAAUACGGUGAGUCGAACGUGGUGGACUAACAGGUAUCAACUACUGGAUCUGACGGGGACCAAUCUUGUCUCUAGCUUGGUCUGCGAGACAUCACGUCCCCCGAAGAGGUGCAACCGAUCCAGAUGCCCGUCAUCAAGUCCGCGAUCAAAGCCGCGUUCGAGGUGCAACUCGUCGCGCAGAAAUACGGCUCGAGGCGAAUGGGCUACUCGACCGAGUUCACCUUGAUCAGCUGUUGUUCUGCGGCCUUGUUCUUGCUCAAGAUGAUCAAGUUGAUGCCGGAUGAAUUCAAGCCCGAUCCCGAAGGGGACGUCAAGGACGUCGCGACGACGUUGGGCGCGAUCAAAUUAACGUCCAAGUUGUUGGCUGAAGCACCCCGACAGAACUAUCAUCUUGCCGUCGCGUCGGCGUUGAGUCACCUCGAGUCGCAGUAUUUGUCCCCUUCGUUCGUGAUGGAUUCGAUGACGAACCCGAUGAUGCCGACGGGGUUUAGUGGGAACAGUUCGUCGUCCGGGUCUACGCCCGGCGGUCAGAAUGAUGUGUUGUUCGAUCCCGAGUUGGAGUUGGCGAUCUCGUCGGUGAUUGAGGAGAGCAACUUUUGGUCGUAAGGGUUCAUUCGUGUCUGCGGUAUUUGUGGUUGGAGCAGUAGCUAAUGUGUCGUUGAAUCCGUGCUACAGAUGGUCCCAAGCCCAACCGGCGGAUUCAUUCUCGGGCUUGCUCUCAUGA